CUGGGUCACAGGUGCUUCAGUCGCUGGUGUUCAAGGAUCUUGGCGGAAUACUUUUAAAUAGUGCAUCUCUUGAGUCUGCCGGGGUAGGACUGGGAGAGAGCACUUCAGACCAUAGAUCGACCAUAUCCGCCGCGUGGGUUCGAUGAUAUGUAGAGGGUGAAUAUUCGCGACGGAGUUAGUUAUCUAUCCUACGCUGACACAAGACCUGAGCGACGGCCCUUUCUCCUCAGGAUCUUCAAACAUCACCUUUUGGACUGGUUCCUUUGUAUCCCUCGUUUCGCCGCUGGUCGGUUGUACUGCAUAGCUUCUCGAUUCGUUAGAGCGACUCCUUCCACCCUUGAAUUAGCACUGAUAUCACCAUCCUUCAGUAUUUUGCGGAGGAGAGAAGACGUGGUUGUUGCCACGGCAACUUACUGACCGGAGGGAAUCUUCCGCCUGUAAUUCGACCUGCUCCUUCAUUAUUGCCUCAUUCCCAUUUCUUGUCUAACCUCAAAACUUUCCACCUCAACAUACUUCAUGCGCUAGUCACUUCAGAAGAUCUACUGCAAAUACUUGCCUGGCCAUUCGUGCUGCCCUCGCCUUGUGACGGCUAGUUUUAACAUUUAGCUUCAGUGGCGAAUUACAAUUAGCCAAGGCCACCGCAGGCCACCAUCGGCGAAAAAAUUCUUGCAUCUUCCCACGACAGACACGCUGUCAAAUACAUGUAACAUUCUGAUUCGCAGUUCAUGUUCAAGGCUCACACAAUCCUCCUCUAUCAUCAUCCACCUCGCCCGCUUCUAACCUCGUCCUCAGGCGAUCGCCAUUCCUGCCCCACCUCGAGACUAUCCCCACCAACCAGUCAAUACGGCUCGAAAGGUUAUCAUCAAGUCCUUCAGGUCAACCUUUCAACGAGUACAUACAUAGCCGAUUGGACUUGCCUACAUACAUAUCAAGAUCCGACCCAAAUUCGUCAUCACAUCCGACCGACCAUCACAUCGGCUCUUUUUUUUUCGGGAUCUUCGCUCUUCCACAUCCAAAGCAAGACUCGCCAGUCCUUUACAAUCAUUUCGGACCUCGCUCUGACUAGUCAUUCAUUUGGGCGUUGAUGUUGAUGCAAUUGGAUACUCUCCUUGGAUCAAGACUCUCGCCUGGUUUCCCAUUUACUUGCUGAUUCUUACAUACAAUACUUCAUAUAAAAACUCGUCAUAUGCCCAACUAUUUCGUCAGCCUGGCCAAUUUCUGAAAUUAAAUCCAAGCAGAUUUGCACCACUCUUCCAGCCAGUCUCUCAAGAUGGGUGACAUUCGAGAUUUUUACAAACAAGAAAGGACUUGUUGCCUAUCGAUCCAACUCUUCCAAGCAGGAAUGAUGAUCAUACUCUACUUCAACACAUUUCUUGCCAUAUUUUGUGCAUGCAUGUCAUUUUUUGGUCCCAAAAUUCUAGCACUCGUCCAACCUGUCGCCAUCUCUUACAUCUUCGGGGUAUUGUAUCUGAUUGUUGCAGGUCUUCACAUUUUUGGCAUAAUUUGUGUUGAAAGGAAUUUCGUUGCUCAUUUCCGGAUAUUUAAAAAUCUGACGCUGUACGCAAUAGGGUCCAUCUUGCUAUUAGGCCUCAUGUUUAUUAUAAGGACGGCAGCCCAGCACACAGCCUCCGUGGCACAGUGCAUGCAAGUCUACCACUUCCCCGUUGACGCCAUGUACAAGAAAAAUCGCAACGAAAAAGGUGGAUCCAGUUCUGCUGUCAAUGCGGCCAUGACUGUUUGUGACGUAUUCUCUUGGGUUCAAGUUGUUGUGAUGGCCUUCGUUUGGGUCGCUCUUACUUCGGUCCAGCUGUAUUUCGCAUUAAACACCGGGUAUAUUUUGAACUGAAACACAAGGAUUAUCUUGAAGACACCGCCCAGGCAUAAAUCAACUUGAAUCCACUCAAACGUUCUCCCCUUUCAAAUCAAGAACCACUCCUGACCCUCCUACCUACCUCCACUCUCCCCGACUCACAACAUAUUACCGUGGUCAAAAAAAUGGGGUUUCCCAUGCCUCCCUCCCCCACAAACUGGUAAAUUAUAUAUCCAGAAACCCAAAAGAAGCAAAAUAGCAACAUUCUCCUGGCGAAACUGAACUCUCGAAACGUCGAUGCAAACCGGAUCGGCAAAGCUUCAAGAGCUGGACGUCAUUAUGGAAGACGAUCUUGAAAUCUUGAAACAAUCGGCCAGUCGGAGGCCACCAAUUUCAAGACCCCUGUAGAUACUAUUGAUCGUAAAUAGCACAACCAAUGGACGUCACGCCGCCUCGAAAUAUCAUCGAAGAUAUCCUCCACUCAAUCAGAUCGAUUCUUUUUCCGAUUGCUACCGAAGAUUGACAUUCUUCGGCGCUUUCUUACCACGCCGAUAUUCUUUUUUUUUUGCAACCUCAGAGAAUAAAUUGUUCCCUUCUCCAUGUUUUUCUCCUCAUCGUUGAGGAUAAAGCUUUGGGAAGUGUGUUCAACUAUUAAUUAUUAUUUUGUACUUUUGAACCAGUUGGGAUUCCCAAGCUGGCCAUUUCCUCGUUUUUUUUUGUCUUUUCUGUGAUUAGUCUAUACAUAGAAGUUUUUCUGUUUCAUAUUUUCUUUUUCUCACCAGAAAUUGUUGGGCUGUUAGCUUUUCUUUCUGUGAAGUUUUAUAUUGUCUUUUCUAAUAUUUUUAUUGAUGUUGUAUUUAUCAAAGAACAAACUGGUAUACUUUUCUUGGUUUUGGGUAUCAUGCACAAUUUCAGCAACUCUUCAUUCAGGCUUCAACACA